AUGACUGAGUUUGACGAUUGCAGUCACGGCACAUCCAAUAUGUAUCUGCCAGGGUGCGCCUAUUACGUCUCACCCUCAGAUUUCUCGACGAAACCCUCUUUUUUGUCUCAAUCGUCGUCCUGUCAAAUGACUUUUCCUUAUUCUUCUAAUUUACCUCAUGUUCAACCUGUGCGCGAAGUAGCAUUCAGGGAAUACGGAUUAGAGCGCAGCAAAUGGCAGUAUAGGGGCAGUUAUGCUCCUUAUUACUCAGCUGAAGAGGUGAUGCACAGAGACUUUCUGCAGCCUGCGAACAGGAGGACGGAAAUGUUGUUCAAAACGGACCCUGUCUGCGGCCACCACGGACCGUCUCCCGCCGCCUCCAACUUCUACAGCUCGGUGGGGAGGAACGGCAUCCUGCCGCAAGGCUUCGACCAGUUUUACGAGACAGCCCCCGGACCCCCGUACCAGCAGCACUCCGAGAGCGAGGGGGACGCGGAGAAGGGCGACUUGAAAGCCCAGAACAGCACUUGUAGUAAAACACCUUCCAGCCAGGAGAAGAAAGUGACACCAGCAAACAGCGCCGAUUCCCCUUCUGGUGAGGCUGUUGCAGAGAAGAGCAACAGUUCAGCAAUUCCCCAGCGAUCAAGGAAAAAGAGGUGCCCCUACACCAAAUAUCAGAUAAGAGAACUGGAACGGGAAUUUUUCUUCAACGUGUACAUAAACAAAGAGAAGAGACUGCAGCUGUCCAGAAUGCUCAACCUCACUGACCGGCAAGUUAAAAUCUGGUUCCAGAAUCGAAGGAUGAAAGAAAAGAAACUGAACAGAGAUCGACUCCAAUAUUUCACAGGGAAUCCCUUGUUUUGAAAAAAAAAAAAAAAAAAAAAAAAAAAAAAAAAAAAAAGGAAAAAGAGAAAAAAAAAUUAAAAGAAAAAAAAGCAAGAGAACAGGAAGAAAGAAGAAAAACAAAGAAUAUAUCGGUCUCUCUGACCUACCAUCUGAAUGCAAAAGUUAAUUUGUUUACUUGACACAUCCACCCUGCGGAACUCAAAGUUUCAUUUUCAUGUGCAACUCCCCACACUGAAUGGCCACUGGAGAUUUCGGGGCUUGGCGGAGCAGAUUCCUGAUAAGGGGAAACUAGGGUAAAUCCAGCUGUCCACUCUCGAGUGUUUUUCGCCAAAGGUGCUUUUUUUUUCCUCUCCCACAGUACCAGCAAUGGACCUGCAGUGUGUCUGGUAGUCGUUGCUUACAAUUCGUUGAGUUCGGGGGGGGCUCUGUCGUUGCUUUUGAGCUAGGAUAACACUUUCCUCCCUUUAAGUG